AUGACAGUACCUAAAGCGGUAACCCUGAGCUACACUCGGGCUUACCAUGCGGUGUUGCUCAGGGAGUCCCUGCAGCACUUACCUUGUCCUUCGCUCCCGCGAUGUGUCCCCUGCAGCGUCCCCGGCCAUCUCCUCCAGCCGAUGCCGGCAUCCGGCUUCUGUGUUCCGGUCCCUGUGAUGUCGGGACGUACGGGCGCUGGAACCGGCGGCAAAUUUUAAAUUUUUAAAAAAUUUCAUUUUUUUUAAAAUGAUUAUUACAUAUGCUUUGUCCUGUGCCCUGCCUGCAUUUUGACUGUUCUUUCUG